AUGUCAAAUUUUGUGCUUGAUAACUACGAUUUGCGGACAGUAUUGAUUUUCUGUUACAAAUUGAAGAAAACUGCUGCAGAAUCGCAUCAAAUGCUUAUCGAAGCUUUCGGUGAGCAUGCUCUUGGUAGAUCACGGUGCUAUCAGUUGUUUAAAAAAUUCAAAAGUGGCGAUUUUGACGUCAGAAACGAAGAACGUGGAAAACCACCGAAAAAGUUUGAAGACAGAGAAUUGCAAGCAUUGUUGGAUGAGGAUGACGCUCAAACUCAACAACAACUCGCGGAUCAAUUGAAUGUGACACAAGAAACCGUCUCCAGACGUUUGAAAUCCAUGGGAAAGAUCCAGAAGGUGGGAAAAUGGAUUCCACAUGAACUGAAUGAAAGACAGCAGGAAAACCGAAAAACCACUUGCGAAAUGUCAGACAGGCGACAACUAUUAAAAAAGAUGAAAGAAGAAGAAGCCCUCGCAGCCAUUGUUGACAGUUUUAAUGAUAACAAUGGAGAAUCCAAUGAGACAGAAAAUUUAUUCAUCUUACCUGAAGCAAUAGAUUCGAAAAAAACGGAUACUUCAGAAACGUAUCUUAAUAUAAAUUCAAAUAAAAAUACAUAUGAAAAUAUCCGAAUUUGUGAAGGAGACAUUAAUGAAACUGUUGCUAUCAACGACAAAAGCCUUUCAAGUAUAAAUAAUAUACAAGAGCAUAAACCUGAAGGUGAUCGUAUAAUCAAUAUUUCUUUCUUUUUGAGAGAGUUGCAUCGAGUAUUUGAUGGUCAUCCCCCAGGAUUUGAGUGCAAAUUUAAAGAUUGGAUACUUGUAAAUACACGUUACCGAGGACUACUAACACAAUUCUUUUUUAAAUGUCAAACUUGCAGUUAUGAAGCAUACUUUUGGUCACAUCCCACAGACAAAAAAGUCUUUCUCGUUAAUACUGCAAUUGCAGCUUCCAAUUGUUCAAAAAUUGAAAUUGAUGCCGAACUGAAAAAACAAUUUGCAGCUGUAAAUUUACCAUGUUUGAAUGACAAUAUAGAUAUUAAACAAGAGAUUCAUUAAUCAAUAUACAUCGAUAUCGAGAUGACAAAUAAAAAAAACAUGAAACUGCAAGGAAAUUGAAAAACAAUUUGAUAGGAGAGAAAUGAAGUAAUCAGUGGCAUUCCAUAUUUUGCGUCCGCAUGAGACCGACUGUUAAAUUUGAGCUGUUGUCGGAAUGAAGUUAUGAAGUAUCUUCUGAACGA